UUUUGGACUCUAUUUUGAGUUUUGACAGCAGUUUGAAGUUUCACUCGUCAAAAUUCAUUAUUUUUCUAAAUAGGGCUAAAAAAUGUCCUAUGCCAAAAUAUUUUCGGUAUCUACGCGAGUGCGCGCAUGCGGCGCGCUGAGCCGCGCGUACAGCGCGCCGGCGGGCAAGGCGGGCGAGUACCCGCUGCAGGAGAAGGGCUACAUGUACGUGAACCCCGACCCGCAGGACAUGUCGUUCAAGGCGCUGUCCGACAAAGCUGCACAGACCAUGUUCUGGACGGAGCUGGCGAGAGGAUUCGCAGUCACCUUGGCUCACAUAUUUAAGGAACCAGCAACCAUCAACUACCCAUUUGAGAAGGGGCCCCUGUCCCCGCGGUUCCGAGGCGAGCACGCGCUGCGUCGCUACCCGUCUGGAGAGGAGCGCUGCAUUGCCUGCAAGCUGUGCGAAGCUAUCUGUCCUGCUCAGGCUAUCACAAUUGAGGCGGAGGAGCGCGCGGACGGGUCUAGGCGUACGACGCGAUACGAUAUUGACAUGACCAAGUGCAUCUACUGUGGCUUCUGCCAGGAGGCGUGCCCGGUGGACGCGAUCGUGGAGGGGCCCAACUUCGAGUUCUCGACGGAGACGCACGAGGAGCUGCUCUACAACAAGGAGCGGCUGCUGCUCAACGGCGACAGGUGGGAGCCCGAGAUCGCCUCCAACAUCCGCGCCGACCAUCUCUACCGCUGAACCGAGCGCCCACUUAC